ACUCUAUCAUCUGUAAGCUCACAGUUUGGGGGCUGGUAGAAAAGAGGCGCCAUCAAUGUUAGGUUUUUGUUUGUUUUGUUUUUGUUUGUUUUUGCCACAGCAUUGCUCAACUCUGGCUUAUGGUGCUUCCUGGGAUUGAAUCUGUGACUUUAGAGCUUCAGACAUGCAAGUCUUAUAUUAAUUUUGCCACCAGAUCAUCACUGGGGUUCUAUGCCUUCACAAUGAGUCCAUCACUCCUAGAAGCCAUUUUCCUUUUAAACUUUUAUUUUUAUUUUUUAUUAUGAUAAAGUUAGAAGUAGGAGGAGAAAGAGGAAGAGAUACCUGCAGCCCUUCUUCACCACUUGUGAAGCUUCCUCACUGCAGAUUGAUCUCCACUUACAUCUUUUCAUCUUGAAGGCUUCAAAUACACCUGAAUCUCAUGGUUGCAUUGGUGGUUCAGUGGUAGAACUCUUGCCUGCCAAAUACACCUGAAUUUACUUUUUUUUGAAAGUUCAACACCUUUUUUUUUUUUUUUUUGGAAAAGCAAUAAAUUAUCCACUGUGCUUUUGUUAUAUAGUACAGAAGCUUUUGACAUCUGCAUAUCCAAACAAGAUAUUUUCCUGAUUUUUCCAUGAAGCCACAUUGUUACUUACUUACUUUAGUGGUGAGUGCCAUUGUGCCAGCUGCUUUUCUUCUGGAAGAUGUAGGCAUCAAUGAAGUGGAUCCAAUAAGAGCAAAUCAGAGUUCAUUCAAUAGUUCAUUUUCCCCAAGAUUUGAACUACCAGCAGGUGACCUCAUUAUAGCCAAAGAGGGAACAAGUGUUUCAAUUAAGUGUCUUCUAGAAGUUAACCACUUUGAAGAUGUCCAUUGGUACAACUCAAAAGGCCAGCAACUGGAUGACGGAGGCAGAGGUGGAAAAUGGUUGGUUUCUGGUAACUUCCUGAAUAUCACCAAUGUUGCCUUUGAUGACCGUGGGCUCUAUACAUGUAUCGUCAUCUCUCCAAUUCAUGCCUCCUACUCUGUCACCCUGCGUGUUAUCUUCACCUCAGGAGAUAUGAGUAUCUACUACAUGAUUGUUUGCCUGAUUGCCUUUACAAUCACCCUCAUCUUAAAUGUCACACGAUUGUGCAUGAUGAGCAGCCAUCUUCGCAAAACUGAGAAGGCAAUCAAUGAAUUCUUCAGAACCGAAGGGGCUGAGAAGCUUCAGAAGGCCUUUGAGAUUGCUAAGCGCAUCCCCAUCAUCACCUCAGCAAAGACUCUGGAGCUCGCCAAAGUCACACAAUUUAAGACCAUGGAGUUUGCUCGCUAUAUUGAAGAACUGGCGAGAAGUGUCCCUCUUCCACCACUUAUUCUGAAUUGCCGUGCCUUUGUGGAGGAAAUGUUUGAGGCUGUGCGCAUGGAUGACCCUGAUGAAAGGGGAGAAAGAGUUAAAGAGAUACCUGCCUUGAAUGCUCAAAGUAGCAUCUAUGUCAUCAAUUCUGAGAUGGGGCGGAGUGAGUCCCCUGGAGGUGAUUCAGAUGAUGGUUCUUUGAAUGAGCAAGGCCAGGAAAUUGCUGUUCAAGUUUCUGUCCACCUCCAAUCAGAGACCAAAAGCAUUGAGACAGACUCUCAGGACAGCAGUCAUUUCUGUCCUCCUGAAGAUGCAGGAUCUGCUGAAUCAAACUCUAUCUACAGAGAUGGGGCAUAUGAAAACUGCCCCUUAUGAGCUCUCCCAGGACCUAUAAGACAGCUCUCAGAAAAGAAACCUGUUUUGUGCAGGAGAUAAUAUUUUCACUGAAAGAUGACUGGGUUUUCUUGUUACCAUUAAGCACAUCAACGCGUAAAUCAUUGCCAAAGUCUUUGUGGAAAUGCAGCAUUUUUCCUAUCUGAUAAUUCUCAGUCAUUUUCCCCAGACUUAAUAUUAAGUGACAUACAUUGAGAUUUAAAGGAAUCUGAGAGAGUAACACAGUGGGAAAAAUACCCCAUGAGUAUAUGGUUAGUACUCAUACUGAUCUUGAAGUGUCAGUUUUCCCACCAGUACGAUGAGGAAUUUGUUUUAUGUGAUAUCUUCAGUUGUUUCUAGUCUUCCUCAUUAACUUUAAACUACCCAAACCUUCAGUACAUCUCUAAAUAAACCUUCCUCUAACUCUCAGUCCAUUACUUAUGGAAAGACCAACCUGAGACUCCCUGUGAAUUAGAGACAUGCAUAUAUAUUGGCUCAUAGAUUAUUUGCUAGGUUGCACAUUUACAGUGUAACCAGAUCUACAUUGUUAUUACAGAUAUGAGAAAGCUAACUGUUCAUUAGUAAACAGCUUUCCAUGAGUAAAUUGAUCCUUUGGGGGUAUAUUUAUCAUGUCUUUUUAACUUACUGAGACAUCAUUGAAUUCACUGACAAUAAUUUCCCAACUGAUCUCCAAAAAUGAGCAAUUUGUUCUUAAGGAAUUAUGUCUUCAGUAUUUUUGGAAUAAGAAACAAUGUCAAAUCAUCUGUUGCUGGUAAAUCAUGGGUUUUGAUAUUUCUGCUAAUAGGAUUUCUCAGACUUUCAUUUCUCUGAGCUUUACAAGCUUGGAACUACAAAAGGAUUCAUGUUUGGGAUCCCAUACCAGGUGAAGCCAGAGCAAGAUUCCUCUGUAGACCUCUGUCACAUUCUUGCUUUCCAUGGUCUUAAAUAUGGUGCUAAAGGUUUCAUAUCUCCUUAUUUCAUUUAUUUUGUUUUAUUUUUAUGUACUUCAAUAUAGGCUGAAUAUGGGCUGCUUUUGUGGCCUAAGACACACUAACCUGAAACAAGGUAAUGGUGUGUGAUGUGUUACUGUAAUAUAUAUAGAUACACACACACAUUCAGAUUAUCUUACUGUAAAGAAGAAAAAGAAUUGUGGAUGGUGCCACCUGAUUCAGCUGUGUAUAAUAAACACUUAAUAUAGCACUUCUUGCCUGACUGAGAUCUGAUACAAUGGAACUGUAAAUACUCUUCAGAAUAAUUUCCUUAGCUACAGGAAGCUUGGUGUCAUAAUUUUAAGAACUUGGCAUUAGAACUCCAUUUGGUGCUUUCUUCAUUUGGCUUCUGUUUAUUCAAGCAUUACUUGAACUAUAGGAUCCUGAGGGAAAUGUUCAGAGAAGGUUUUAUCAGGAUUUUAAUUCAAGGUUUCAAAUAGAGAAAGGCAAAAAAUAUAAAAUAUGAUCAGUUAUGCCUCCCUUUGUCCAGCUUAUCUGUUAUGAAUCAACAUACAGUUUUAUCAGAUGGCAUUGCAGAUAAAGAUGAUAAUGCUGCCUUUUCUCUCUCAGGCAGUUUCCAUGGAAACCUUCAGAGCCAAACAAAAGCUACCAAUCACUUAGGUAAAGCUUUCCAUGGUUCAAAGACCUAUAUUUCUUUAAGGAAAAACUGUUUUUGUAUACUUGGCUAUGAGAGCAAGGGCUCUUGAAUAAACCCUAGAUUGUGAAACAGUUUAUUUUUCUUUCCCAAAAAGUUUUUCUUGAAAAAUUAAAAAUAAUUGAAUCUGC